AUGAAUUUAUCGUUACAAGAUCCAUUCUCAGUAGCGAAAGAAUUUCCUGAAACAUUAAAUAACACGUUAAAUUAUGGCCAUUCAGUAUGCAUACAGUUCAACCACAAGGGCGAUUACUUAGCCUCUGGAUUAUCUGAUGGAUCAAUUGCAAUUUAUGACAUGGUCUCUAGUGGAGUUAUUGCCCAUUUAAAAGAGAACAGUCAUAUACGACCAAUUACGUCUAUAAGCUGGUCUAAAUGUGGAAGAUAUUUAUUGACCAGUUCUCAAGAUUGGUGGGUCAAAUUAUGGGAUUUACAAUAUGUGAAUAAUAAUAAUGAUGAAAGUGGGGAUAUACAAAGUCCAGUGAUUAGACAAAUUAAAUUUGAUGGUCCUAUUUGGCUGGCUAGUAUGCAUCCUGAAAAUCAUUUUAUUUUUACAGCAUCGUUAUUUGAAGAUUCUCCCGUGUAUGUUGAUUUGAACCAAAAGGGGAACUCACCAAAAGUUAUAACACUAGAGACAAUACCGUUAGAGGAGAAUAAUCAAGAAGUUGUCGAUGAUGAUGACGAAGAAAAUCGACGUAAGAGUGCUAAGCGGAGAAAGAAAGAUGAGAAACAUACAACUUUGGUCUCUAUAUUUACUCAUGAAGGGAAUUAUAUCUUUUCCGGUACCAGUAAAGGAUGGUUGAAUAUAUUUGAUGUUAAUGACAAUUGCAAACAAGUACAAUCGAUAAAAUUAUCCAAUUCCAAUAUUAAAAAUCUCAUGAUAUCUUCUAAUGGCAGGAAACUAGCGAUCAAUUCAUCUGAUAGAGUGAUACGCCAGAUCAAUUUACCGCCAGAUUUAAUCAAUAUUGAUGAUAUAAGUGAGUUGGAAUUUGAAAUUGAACACAAGUAUCAAGAUGUUGUUAAUAGAUUACAAUGGAAUUCAGUUACAUUUAACCACAAUGGGGAUUUCUUAGUUGCCUCAACUCAUGGACAAUCAUCACACGAUUUAUAUAUUUGGGAAACCUCGAUGGGAUCGUUAGUUAAAAUCUUGGAAGGCUCAAAUGAAGAGUUGAUUGAUGUGAAAUGGGACUAUUCACGAUGUACUAUUGGAUCAAUUGGAUUAGAUAGUGGAGAAGUAUACCUUUGGUCUGUUUCAUUUCCACAGAAAUGGAGUGCUUUGGCACCAGAUUUUGUUGAAAUCGAGGAGAAUAUUGAGUAUGUUGAAAAAGAAGAUGAAUUUGAUAUUAUAGAUGAAGACGAGUUGCAUAAAAAACGAUUAGAGGAAGAAGAUUUCCUUGUUGAUGUGAUAUCCAAAGAGGUUACCGAUGCUAGAGGGUUUGAUAUAACACAAGAAUCAUUUCUUAUACCUAUUAAUUAUGAAAAGAACUUGUAUGAUUAA